AUGGAGAUAAUGUAUGGUAGGAUUGAGAUAAUGUAUGGUAGGAUUGAGAUAAUGUAUGGUAGGAUGGAGAUAAUGUAUGAAGAUAUAGAAGAUCUAGAAGAUCUAGAAAAUCUAGAAGAUCUAGAAGAUAUGGGAGAUAUAGAAGAUCUAGGAGAUCUAAAAGAUCUAGAAGAUCUAGGAGAUCUAAAAGAUCUAGAAAAUCUAGAAGUUCUAGAAGAUAUAGAUCAUAAAAUAAAUAUAGAAGAUCUCGAAGAUCUAGAAGAUCUCGGUGAACUAGAAGAUUUGGGAGAUCUAGAAGAUCUUAAAGAUCUAGAAUAUCUAGAAGAUCUAGAAGAUCUAGAAGAUCUAGAAGAUCUAGAAGAUCUAGAAGAUCUAGGAGAUAUAGAAGCUCAAUGA